CUGCUCCGCUAAAGAAAGACGCGACGUCCAUGUCGAGGGGAUAGAGACUAGGAGGAACAAGGAGGCGACCAAGAAUGUUGGAUCAGUGACAAAUCCGUCCCGGGGAUAGACCGCAACACACAGAUACCUCCUCCACUCGCUCACUCCUUUCAAACGGAGAAAGGUCCCGAACUGAGCUGUUUCCCGCUGCAGCUCGAGUCUGAACACUGGAUUAUAGCGGUAUUCCGGAAUCUGAAGAGUUUUUUCCCCCCCAUCACACACACCGCUCCGCUGCUGCUCAGAUACUUUUUGCUCAAGUUUGGGAUUUAUGUUUUUGAGGAGUUGAAGGGGGGGGGGACCCGAGUGGCUGACUAAUGCGAGGCAAGGAGCCUAACUCGAUGCGUCCUUCUCACCGCUGUGGAGAGAACUAAGACGAGACCUGCUGGGACCCAAACCCCAAGCCCCGUUAUUUAUUUAUUUAUUAUUUAUUUAUUUAUUUAUUUAAUAUGGAGCGCGUGGUGCUUUUGUUGGCCGCCGUUUUGUCCGCCUUGCUGUGCCAGGGCUUCUGUUCGGGAGUGUUCGAGCUCAAACUGCAGGAGUUCCUCAACAAGAAGGGCAUCCAGGGGAACAAAAACUGCUGUGCUGGCGGCCAGGCCUCGAACUACCAGCAGCAGCAGUGUGAAUGUAAGACCUUCUUCCGGAUCUGCCUGAAGCACUACCAGCCCAACGCGUCCCCGGAGCCGCCCUGCACGUACGGCGGCGCGGUGACCCCCGUGCUCGGCUCCAACUCUUUCCAGGUCCCCGACGUCAUCCCGGAGAGCGGCUUCUCCAACCCCAUCAGGAUCAGCUUCGGCUUCACCUGGCCGGGGACCUUCUCGCUCAUCAUCGAGGCCCUACACACCGACUCUACAGAGGAGAUCUCUACAGACAAUCCAGAUAGCGUCAUCAGCACCAUGACGACGCAGCGUCACCUGACAGUGGGCGAGGAGUGGUCGCAGGACCUGCACACCGGCGGGAGGACGGAGCUCAAGUACUCGUACCGGUUCGUGUGCGAGGAGCACUACUACGGAGACGGCUGCUCGGCGUUCUGCAGGGCGCGGGACGACGCUUUCGGACACUUCACGUGCGGCGAGAGAGGCGAGAUCGUUUGCGACGCCGGAUGGAAGGGCCAGUACUGCACCGAACCCAUCUGCCUCCCAGGGUGCGAUGAGGAGCAUGGCUUCUGUGAGAAGCCCGGAGAGUGCAAGUGCAGAGUGGGGUUCAAAGGGCGUUACUGUGACGACUGCAUCCGCUACCCAGGCUGCCUGCAUGGGACCUGCCAGCAGCCCUGGCAGUGCAACUGUCAGGAAGGCUGGGGGGGUCUGUUCUGUAACCAAGAUCUGAACUACUGCACCCACCACAAGCCGUGUCUGAACGGGGCGACAUGCAGCAACACGGGCCAGGGCAGCUACACCUGCUCCUGUCGGCUGGGCUUCAGUGGGGCCAGCUGCGAGAUAGAGGUCAACGACUGCGCGGGAAGCCCUUGUCGCAACGGGGGCAGCUGCACGGACCAGGAGACCACGUUCCAGUGCACCUGUCCCCCCGGGUUCUACGGGAAGAACUGCGAGCAGAGCGCCAUGACCUGUGCCGACGCGCCCUGCUUCAACAACGGCCGGUGCUCCGACAACCCUGACGGCGGCUACUACUGCCAGUGCCCCACUGGCUACGCGGGCUUCAACUGUGAGAAGAAGAUCGACCACUGCACCUCGGCCCCCUGCUCCAACGGUGCGCGCUGCGUGGACCUGGUCAACUCCUACCUGUGCCAGUGUCCCGAGGGCUUCAGCGGGAUGAACUGUGACCACACGGGGGACGAGUGCUCCGCCUACCCCUGCCACAACGGGGGCACCUGCGAGGACGACGCCCUCAGCGGCUACACCUGCAGCUGCCCGCCCGGCUACACCGGCCGCAACUGCAGCGGGCCCAUCAGCCGCUGCGAGCACAACCCCUGCCACAACGGCGCCACCUGCCACGAGAGGAACAGCCGCUACGUGUGUGCCUGCGUCCCGGGCUACGGCGGCCGCAACUGCCAGUUCCUGCUGCCGGAGCACGCGGCGGUGCGCGGCAGCGAGGUGCCCUGGAUGGCGGUGGGCUCCGGCGUGGCCCUGGUGCUGCUGCUGCUGGCGGGCUGCGCCGUGCUGGUGGGCUGCUUCCGCUCCAAGAGCCAGGGGGAGGGGCCCGGCGGCGAGGGCGUGGAGACCAUCAACAACCUGACCAACAACUGUCCCCGUGGUGACAAGGAGGUGACGGUCAGCGUGCUGCCCACGCCGGGCCCCAAGAACAUCAACAAGAAGAUGGACUUCAGCUGCGACCCCGAGGAGGGCACGUCGCCGGGCCGCAGCGGCGCCGGCGCCGGCGGGGGCUACAAGGCGCGCGGGCCGCCCCCCACGCCGGACUACAACCGGGGGCGGGAGGCGCCGUACGACCCCGCAGCCAAGGAGGCCCUGCUGGAGGCCGCCUGCCAGGAGAAGGGCCAAUCCCUCGACUCGUUUGAGUUUGAGGAGAAACGCAGCAAACGUUUAAAAAGCGAUGCGUCAGAGAAGAACACUCCAGAAAUGUCUGCAUGUGCGGACACCAAGUACAAAUCUGUGUUUGUGAUGUCAGAAGAGAAGGACGAAUGUAUAAUCGCAACUGAGGUUUAAAGGCCUGUUGGUGGUGUUCUAUAUGGGAGAGUUUUUAUGCUCCUUAAAUGCUGCUCUACCCCUGGGCGAGGGGGGUCCACCUCCAGCCUGCUGCUCAUACUAAGAGGUUUAACUGAUAUUCAGACUGAGCUGGUUGUCCACUGCUCACUACGGGCAGGCCAGACACGCCGGUGGGACCAGACCUGGCAAAGGGACUCAAAUGUUGAACCUUUCAACAGUGAACUCGUGUGUCACUUAGCUUUGUGUUUGUUUGGGGGGUUGGUUUUCUGGGGGUGUAGGGGCUUUUAGGGCUGGUGGGGGGUCGACCGCUCUUCAUUUAUUUAACUUUUUCCAAACGUCGGACAUGAAAGUCGCCAAUGGGAUGACGACAACGACUCGCGAGGUUCUCCAUUUCCUGUCAAACGGAAACGUUAGGGUUCAUUCCUUUUCUUGGCUUUUUCGUCGUGGUUCAUCGUAUUUUCUUUUUUUCUUGCAACAUUUGCACCCAGGCCUCUUCUUGAACCACGUGCUGUUUGCUGAGCGCAGCAUCAGAACGGUGGAUGUUUGGCCAUACUGGCCACUGGUCUCCCGGGCCACGCGCCCGCGGAGACCGCAUGUGUACUUGAUCACUGUGUUAACCCAAGUGCGUUUUCGAUGCCCCCGCGCCCUCCAAACCAUUUAUAUGACAUAGUAUUGUUAAUCGUUUUGAAGAACACAAGAAACUCCUUUCCGGAGUACGUUUUGAUACACAGAUUCAGUCGUUAUUUUAUUUUAUUGUAAAGAGGAAAAAAAGAGAAAAAUGUUAUGAUUUAAAAUGAUUAUGAUUUAAUUUAAGUUAAUUUAAUGAGUUUGUUAUUUUUAUUUUGUGUUAUGUAUAUUUGUGAUGUCUGAUUUAUUUAAAUUGUUCUUUUAUAUUUGCAAAGGCACUUCAGGUCAAUGGGACGCUGUUUUAAAAAAAAUCUUAUUUAAGAGGGAUUGUACAAAUUGUUAUGAUGCUACUGUCUCCUUGGAUGUGUUUGAAUGAAGGAAUUAGCUAAGACUAUUUUUCCAAAUAAAUCUUAUUAAACCUGAAA